AUGAAGGAAGGUCUUUUGAAGUCGGUCAAACUUUCCGUUAACGCUGACAUGAAAAAAAGAUCACUUAGCUUCGCGAUGAUACAUUUCGAGUUCAUUGUAAGGUCAUUUGCAUCAGCUGGAAGCAAAAUUUUCACUUCUCCUUCAAGAUUCAUCGAAAAGAUCAAUCAAGUUGAGACAAUUUGUUGGAAUCAUGCUGAUGCUUUGAGCGAAUAG